AUGCCCCAUGGCCGCAAGCGCGCACCCUCGCUCUCGCUCGACCCACUCGCCCCGACCGCCGCCUCGUCCUCGUCGUCGUCCAGCGCAGCACAAGCACCACCUCGGUCCGCUUCGCCCGCCCCUCACCAUGCCGCCCACCCGCACCUCCACCAACCCCUCCGCCUCGAGGUCCUCGACGUGACCCCGUCAAGCGUCGCCCUCGCCGUCCACACCCCGAGCGCCCGCACCCCGGGCACCAUCUCGAUCCAGCUCGACCGCAACCCGUGGCCGCACGUCGCGCACGCCGGCACGGCCCCGAACGACGACCGCGACGGUCACGACACGACCGUCAUCGUGUACGGCCUCGACCCGGCGAGGCAGUACGAGAUCGCGCUCGACGUCGACGUCGAACCGGCCGCGUCGUCGUCGUCCACGAUGACGACGACUGCCGCCGGUGGGACGGCCGGCCUGCCCUCGACCUCGACCCCGACCUCGUCGCGAGAGCCAUCUUCCCGCCGUCCAUCCGCGUCCGACAUCCUCGACUCGGCCGCAUCGUCCGGCCCCACCGCCGCCGGCGCAUCAUCGUCGUCAUCCACCGCGGCGCUCGCAGGCCACUCGCCAUCGUCAUCGACGGGCGGCGGAGGUGGCGCCGGUGGCGCCGCGCACGACUUUUCGCCCGACCAGUUCCCCGACGGCCCGCCGCCGCCGUACUCGCCAGCCGAGCCCGCGACUGGCUCGUCGUCGACCGGCGUCGCCGGUGCGGGCGCGACGAGCUCUGCCGGCGCGGCAGCAUCCGGCGGCGGCGGCUCGGCGGCGGCGACCGACGAUGCCUCGAGCGGCGGCGGCGGCGGCGGUGCCGCCCCGACCGAGGCGACGCUGCGCGCGUCGCUCAAGGCGCUGCGGGCCUCGACGCGCUCGACCGAGCAGUCGCUCCUGUCGUCGCUCGCGUCGCUGCGGCGCGCGCUCGACAAGACGGCCAAGGAGGACCAGCGCGCGCGGACGCGCAUCCAGGGACUCGACGAGGCGAUCCGGCGCGCGAGGGACGCCGAGCGCGACGUGAGGGGCCGCGAGAGGGACGAGGUCGAGAGAAGGUUGGAGGAGAUGGAGGGCGAGGAGGAGCGCGUCAGGGAGGAGCUCGAGGAUUGGAGGGAGGGACGGAGGGAGGUUGGCGUGCCCGUGUCGGGGACGCCGACGCCGCCUGUCGCCAAGGGUGGGCCUGCGCCCGCCGGCGCCGACGAGGCGGCACAGGCCGGCGACGACGACUCGUCCCCCGCGACGACCGCUCCCGCCUCUUCCUCCUCCACCGCCGCCGCCGCCGCCGCCGCGCCACCUCAAGAUCCCUCAGCCCCUCCUCCCGACCCUUCCACGCCCGCACCCGCCACCGCAACCGCCACGCCCAACCUGGCCGACCUCGCGCGCGAGCUCGACGCGCUCAACAAGGCGAUCCAGUCGACGGUCGCGUCGCGCGACACGGCCGCGCACGACGUCCUGCACCAGAUCGAGCGCGAGAUGCACGCCGUCGAGGCCGAGCUCAUUGCGCUCGACCGCGACGAGGGCGCCAUGGCGCGCAUGCGGGGCGGCGGCGGGCAAGGACAGGGGGCGGUCCUCCCGCCCGGCGUGUACCCGCCGGGCACGACGCUCGCGCCUGUGGGCCCGCCCGACCCAACGACGGGCCUCGUCCCGCUCGUGCCCGUCGUCCCCGUGCCCGCCGGCGCGGCCCCGCCCCCUUCGGCCCAGCAGCAGCAGCAGCAGCAGCAGGGCGCGGCGAGCGGCAGCGGGAGCGGGCCGUUCGGGUUCCGCUGGGCGCGCGCUCGCGGUGGGGCGGGCGCGGCGGCGAGCGGGCAGUCGCAGGACCGAUUCGGGCGGCUGUUCCGCCGCUCGGCCGCAGGUGGCGGUGCAGGCGGCGGUGGAGCAGGGCCCGACGCCGGCUCGUCGAGCGCGUCGAUCAACGUGACGACGCUGCCCGGUGUGUCGUCGAGCCCAGGGAGCGGCGGCGGCGACGCGCCGCUCGUCCCGCCGCAGGUGCAGCUGCACGCCGCCGCGACGACCUCGUCGUCGUCGGCCUCGUCGCUGUACGGCUCCUCGAGUGGCGCGCUCCCGCCUGGCCUCGGAGCAGUCGGUGCGGGCGCCGCUCAGGGCCAGGGCCCGGGCACGGGCUCGGGCAGCGCGCCGCCGUCGCCGCCAAGCGAGCGCGCCCAGGCGGCGCAGCAGUUUGCGCAUGCGGCGCAGGCGCAGGCGCUGUGGGCGCUCGCUCAGCAACAGCAGCAGCAGCAGCAGCAGUACGGCGGGUACGGCGCGGCGCCGUCGCCCCCGCCGCCGCCGUCGUCGUCGUCGAGCGUCUACGUGCCGCAGUCGAGGGCGGUCGGGACGCGGAGCAGGGCCGGCAGCGGGGCGGGCGCAGGAGGCGCUGGGUCGCCGCUUGCUGUCGGGGCGGGCAGGGUGCCGCCGCCGCAGCAGCAGCCGUCGUCGUCGUCGUCUGGCCCGGCACAGCAGCUCGCGCCGCCGGUGCCGGUCGUUGUGAAUGACGAGGCCGACGCAGGUCGGGCGCAGGAGGGGGCCGACGCGGGUCCGAGCGGCGAGCACGACGGCGACGACUCGCGCGACCUCGACGCGCAGGGCUCGUCGCGCCCCCGCACGAGCUCGACGACGACGACGACGACGCCGACGACGUGGGCGGCGCGCGACGACGCCGACUCGACCUCGAUCGCGAGCGCGGCGUCGGGGGGUUCGGGCUCGACGACGGGCACGGCCAAGAGCGCGUGGGGGAGGCUCGGGACGUGGAGCCAGGUUGUCGGGCGGGCGGGGAGGCGGAACAAGACGGCCGAGGGAGCGGGUGGAGGUGGCUCGGGAGGGGGAGGGGACAGCGCGGACGAGGAGGGCGCGUAA